AUGAAACAAACUAGUUCGAAAACAAGGACUCAACAUAUGGUUGAGCUGAGGAUUGCUUUAGAAAAUAUACCCAAGCUCGACAAGUUUUCUCAAUCUGAUCCACAAGUACUGUUAUUCUUAAAAGACAGAUACAAUAACUGGGAAAGUAAGCCUCAUGGUAUGACAGAACGAAUAAAAAAUGAGGCCAACACUAAGUUCUCAACCUCAUUUUGUUUAGAAUAUCGCUUCGAAGAGUUACAGGAAAUCAUGUUUUUAGUUUUAGACAUAGAUAACCACCAAAGUCUGGAUAUAAAAUGUCAACAAGAAGUUGGAAAAGGCACAAUAACUAUCGUUGGCCGUGAAAUUCUAACAGAAAAGAAUAGAAAAAUUACUCUAAGAGUCCAAGCUCGAAAUUUGGCCCUAAAGAACUGGAUUGUUAAACCAGAUGUGUUUUUUGAGUUAUCCCGUAAAGACGGGGGUAACAAAGUCAUAGAAGAUAUUCUCGUAUAUAAGAGCGAAAGGAGGAAUACUAAAAAUGUGUCAUGGGAUUCAUUUGUCUUAUUAGAAAGGGAUUUUUGGCAAAAUGAUGGCAAGAACCCGGAUGAUUAUAUUCGUUUUGCUUGUUUUCACCAUAAACAAAACGGUAAACACAAACUUUUAGGAGAAAGUACUCUCAGGGUUAUAGAUUUCUUAGAGAAUGAAGGGCGCAAACAAAGGUUUCCUUUGGGUGGUUUAAGUGAACUACUAGUGUCGUGCGAAUUCGAAAAAACAUUUCUCGAAUAUAUUGAUGGGGGCCUUGAAGUCCAGCUGAACAUAGCAAUCGACUUCACUGCUUCAAACAGAGACAAGAAUUAUGACUUGCAUAAAAACGGCCCAGACGAAACGUGUUACGAAUACGCCAUUAGAGUCGUAGGAAAUAUUUUAGAGCGCUAUGAUUCUGACAAACAAAUUUCGGUCUAUGGGUUUGGCGGCGAAUUUAACAACUCAGGAUUCGUUUCACAUGAAUUUGCGCUUACAGUCUCAGAAAGACUAGAAAAAUCGGUAUCCCAAAACCAAAACGUGUAUGGAGUCCUUCUUAUUAUUACUGAUGGGCAGGUCACAUCCAUGACUAACACGAUAAAAGCGAUCAUGGAAGCAAAAAGAGAACCACGUGACAUAGUUCACUUUGUUGAAAUGAAAAAAUUUGUCGAGUCCGGCAUGAAUAAGGAUCUGCCUAAAGCAGUUUUAGAAGAAAUUCCGGAUCAAAUCUUGGAGUACAUGACAAAAAAAUAUAUUAAACCGAGAAAGGCAGAAAAAUCGAAUACUUUCUAUGAAGCUUUCAAUGAUCAAAGCCCGCCGCCAUAUAGUGAAAGAUAA